AUUCCAUUGAAAUUGGUUCCAAGCUGCUCCCAGCGCUUAAAUUCCCAAUGCCUUAUGCGCAUCGUCAAGAAAUCAUUGCAGCCAAUGGCGUGGAGUUUUCCGUAAGCCUAAGACUAUCUCCCCCAUCUCUAGAUGCAUCCCCUGGGUCAGACAUCACCUCAAUUGGAAAUUUGGUCAUUGCAAGAACCAAUAUCUUGCGAGUAUAUGAAGUCCGCCAGCAACCGCUCAUGCUACGGCAGAAUCGGCCAGUCGCACUCACUACCACUGGUACCCGUGGGCGUAGGGGAACUGAAGCUGUCGAAGGUGAAGUUGAGAUGGACAGUCAAGGAGAUGGCUUCGUGAACGUCGCCGAAGUCAAGUCUGUUUCAAAGUUCGAGCAAGAGUUGCGACCUACCGAAACCCGCCUAUACUUGUUGCGAGAGUUCCGAUUGCAUGGCGUGGUGACAGGUUUAGGGAAGGUCCAAACCUUGGCAACAUCAGAAGACGGGCUAGAGAGGCUUCUUGUAUCGUUCAAAGAUGCCAAAGUUUCCCUUCUGGAAUGGUCCGAUUCAGCACAGGACCUUAUCACUAUUUCCAUUCAUACAUACGAAAGGGCUCCUCAGUUGCUGACCAUUCCUCCCGGUUUUGUGACUUAUAUGCGUGUGGAUCCUUUAUCCCGAUGCGCGGCACUGCUGUUGCCACACGAAUCCGUGGCCAUCCUACCUUUAUAUCAGAGCCAAGUAGAAUUAGAUGCCUUAGAACAGGAAAAUGGGAUUAGGGAGGUGCCUUACUCGCAGAGCUUUGUUCUCAACUUGCCGGAAGAGGUUGAUUCGAAAAUUCGCAAUAUUGCAGAUUUUGUGUUCUUACCCGGCUUCAACAAUGUCACGCUAGCUAUACUAUAUCAAGAGCGCCAGACGUGGACAGGGCGCAUCAAUGAGUUGAAGGAUACCUUUAGUCUCUCCAUUUUCACGCUCGAUUUUCUCACCCAUAGUUAUCCAAAUAUCGCUCGGGUGGGCGGUCUUCCUUAUGACUGCUUCUCAUUGCUGGCUUGUCCCCCCUCGUACGGUGGCGUACUGAUUCUGUCCUCGAACUCGGUUAUCCAUGUUGAUCAGACAUCUCGAACAACAUCAUUGCCUGUAAAUGGGUGGGCGUCGAGAGUGAGCUCGAUCACAUAUCCUCCAGUACAAGCCUCCUUAUGUUUAGUACUGGACGGUUCUCGACUGUCAUUCAUCGACGAAAGGACGGCUCUUCUUUUCCUAUCAACUGGUGUUGUCCAUCCCCUGACCAUCGUUCUGGACGGACGCGUUGUUUCCCGUUUACAAUUAGACCAAUCAGUGGCCCAGUGCACGCCUGCCUCCUCCCUCACUCUCGUGUCGCACGACCAUCUGUUUGUCGGUUCCACAGUUGGCUCGUCUCCCUUAUUGCAGAUAACUUCCCAGGCCGACGUGCCCAAAAUGGGGGAAGAACCUUCACAAGAUGAUAUGGAUGAAGAUCUUGAUGAAGAUCUCUAUGGCGCAACGACAUAUGCCAAUACAUCAAAAAGUGGAAACGGAACUUCAACAACGUUUUCAGGCAAUGAUGCUCAGAAAUCCUUGAGGCUUGCUGUCAAAGAUAGUGUCCCGGGCUGGGGCGUCAUCCAAGACCUUGCUUUUUUUGUUGAUACGCAUGAGGCUCGUUUAGUUCCGGACCUCCUUGCUUGCACAGGCAUAGGAGGUACAUCGACUAUAACGCGAUUCAAGUCUCAUCUACCUAGCGUAGUGAAGCGCAAAAUCCAAACGCUCGGGGGCAACCGAGGAAUUUGGAGUCUCCCAGUACGCCGCGAAAUGCGACUCCGUGGAUCGCGCCUGGAACAGCCGGUGACAUUGUCUCUCGAAGACACCAUUAUCGUAACUAGUCACGCCACAUCACUUCCAGGGGUGUCGCGGGUUUUUGGUAAGAGUCCAUCUGGAGAUGUUCAGAUACUCUCUCGGGCGCCUGGAAUCACACUCGCAGCCGGAACGAUUUUCCAACGAACCAAUAUCAUGCAAGUCAUGACGAACUCACUACGGUUGCUGAACGGAGAUGGCCAAGAAAUUGACACCAUUCCUGAAUCUGAUGUCACAUCAGCGCAGGUGUCGGACCCGUUUAUCCUCGUGCAGCGGAAGGAUGGGACAGUCAAUGUCUAUUCCGGCGAUACAGCGAAACGCAGCCUGAAUAAACAGCCCAUUUUCACGCUACCAAAUUGCUUAUCAUCAUCUCUGCACAUCGACCGGUCGGGAAAAUGGGAAGCCAGAGCAGUCCAUCGCCCACAACAGCAAGGCACAGAAAGUUUGGAGAGUAUCUUGAGUGGCGACAAAUCUACACAGUGGCUUGUGUUGCAUCGGUCUAACGAUAAUUUCGAGAUCCGUUCUCUCCUCUCCUUUGAAGUCGCAUUUUCCUCUCAGGGACUGUCGGACCUGCCAUCUGUCAUAGAGAAUUUCCAAGAAAUCGCGGUUAUUGGCACCGAUUCGACACAACAUCCACCGAAUGAUGUAGAUAAGGUGGUGAUGGCAACAAUAGGUGAAGUUGGGCCUCUGACACACUUAGUUGUUUCCACGAAGUCCAACGUUCUCAUCCUCUAUCGAUGCGUGUUGAACAAUGCACCUUCGGAGGGAAGGCAACUACUGCCCAUUCGGUUUGUUAAAAUAUUAAGUCGGAUUUUCCACGUGCCUGCUUCCAGCCCGCGCAUACCUCGCCUCUUAAUCCCAUUCACUGUUGGGACUGACGACCAUGAUCUUCAUGGUGUCUUUAUAUCUGGGGUAAACCCUGUUUGGGUUGUUGCAUUAUCAGGUAGCCCAGUGCGGGUUUACCCUGACUCGCACAAGAUUGUUUUUGGUUUCAGCACUUCAUCUGCUUUCAAGUCACGCCAUGAUUUCCUUUUUCAUAGCGACGAGGGAUCUACACUAGAACAAUGGGUUCCUGGCGUCCAGCUUGGAGCGGAGCUGCCGUAUGAAUCCGUACAAACCGAGAGGAUGUACUCCAAGAUUGCCUUCCACCCAGACACUCAGUUCAUUAUAGCAGGGUCAACCCUCCAGCGUAAUUUCUCUUCUUUUGACGAAGACACAAAUUUGAUUUGGCAACCUGAUGUACCUAACAUCUCGGACCCCAGCUGCGGGGCUUCAAGUGUUGAACUUAUCUCCCCUUCCACUUGGGAAGUCAUUGAUGGGUAUGAAUUCCCUCAAUAUGAGCAGUUGACUGCUCUCGAGUGUGUUGUUCUUGAAUCGGCCAGCUCACCAUCGGGCUACAAGCGUUUCAUAGUCGCUGGAACAGCGAUGGAUCGUGGAGAAGAUCUUGCUACCCGUGGAGCUGUUUACAUCUUUGAGAUCGUGGGGGUCGUCCCACAGACAGACGGUUCUGGGCGAUAUGUCCUUCGACUUCGAUGCCGAGACGAGUCCAAAGGUCCAGUGACAGCAAUAUGUGGGAUUAAUGGAUACCUCGUCUCUUCUAUGGGCCAAAAGAUAUUCGUGCGGGGGUUCGAUUUAGAUGAACGGCUUGUUGGUGUUGCUUUCCUUGAUGCUGGGACUUAUAUUACAUCUCUGCGGUCGCUGAAGAAUUUUAUUCUUAUCGGUGACGCGCUCAAAGGGACAUGGCUGGCAGGCUUUCAGGAGGAUCCAUUCAAGCUUACAGUCUUGUCAAAGGGUCGUCAACCCACCCCCGUUACAAAUGCGGAUUUCUUUUUUGGCAGUGACGGGCAGCUGUCCUGUUUGGUCACGGACGAAGAAGGCGUUAUUCGAAUCUUCGAGUACAACCCAAGACAUGCUGAGUCCAAUAAUGGUCAACUCCUUGUGUGUAGGAGCGAGUUCCAUGGCCACACAGAUCAUAACGUGAUUGCGACACUUGCCAGAAGGGGCGAAGAGAAUGAUCAAUCGGAUCAAGUGGAUAUUGAGAGCAUUCUCACUUAUGGAACGUUAAAUGGGUCGAUUGUGAUGUUCACCCCUGCACCUGAUGCCGUAUUCAAGCGGCUUUCACUGCUCCAAGGCCAGCUAAUCCGCAACGUCCAACACAUCGCCGGAUUGAAUCCACGCGCACACAGGAUGGUGCGAAACGAUGCCGUGGCCAAAGCCAUGACAAGAGGUAUCUUGGACGGGGAGUUAUUGAAUGUCUUUCCCUCUCUUGAACAACGCCUGCAAGCCGAAAUGACGGCACAGAUUGGCACAGACAGGAGGACCUUACUGAACGACCUGGUGCCUUUCGUGCAGCUGUGGUAGAAGGUUGCUGCACUUCAGGACUGUCUUGAAUUUAGCAUUAUCGAUUGAUUAUUACUCCGUUAUGUUGAGCUAAGUUAUUGAAUUCUAUAUUCAAUGUCAAUGGUUUAGGAGCCAUAGGGUCUCUGGCGAAUGACAA